AUGACUAAGGGUACGACGUCUUUUGGAAAACGCCACAACAAAUCCCACACGCAGUGCAGGCGAUGUGGCCGAAAGUCUUAUCACAUUCAAAAGAAAACUUGUGCUGCUUGUGGGUAUCCUUCUCCCAGGAUUCGUAAGUACAAUUGGUCUUCAAAGGCUCGGAGAAGAAAAACUACGGGCACCGGCCGUUGUCUCCACCUCAAGGCAGUUCAUCGUCGGUUUAAGCAUGGGUUCAGGAGCGGUCCUCCAAGGGCGAAAGCUGUUAAGUCUAGCUAA